UGUGUGGCCGGUGUUUGAGGCGACGGAGGGCAGAGUAAACAGUUCCACAGACAGGAGCUGCACCAUGGAGCCCUCAGGAUCAGACUCAGAAACGGAUGAUUACCAGCAGCCUCUGCUCCACCGGAGAGAAAAUGAGGAGGAGGUGAAACGAGCUCCAGCACUCUGCUCUUCACGCUAUGGCUUGGCCUUACUGUCCUGUUAUGGGUUCUUUGUGGCUUAUGCACUGAGGGUCAACCUCAGUGUGGCAAUGGUGGACAUGCUGAACAGCAGCAGCAGCAACAGUGGUGCCAAUGACUCCGUCUGCCCGAGGCACAACAGUCCUGCACGGCCCAAACACAACCACACGGCCAGCGUGUAUGACUGGGACUCGGAGACUCAGGGCUGGAUCCUGGGCUCUUUCUUUUAUGGCUACAUCAUCACUCAGAUACCAGGUGGUUACCUGGCACGCAAGUAUGGUGCCAAGUGGCUGCUGGGUUUUGGAAUCCUGGGAACUGUGAUCUUCACUCUGCUCACGCCUGUGGCUGCAGACAUGGGUGCUGGCUACCUCAUUGCAGUCAGGGUGUUGGAAGGCAUAGGGGAGGGUGUGACGUUUCCUGCUAUGCAUGCUAUGUGGGCAUCGUGGGCCCCACCACUGGAGAGAAGUCGGCUUCUCACAAUCUCUUACGCAGGUGCCCAGCUUGGCACUGUGGUAGCUCUCCCCUUGUCUGGACAGAUAUGCUUUUAUUUGGACUGGACAUAUGUUUUCUACAUUUUUGGGGCUGUUGGACUUCUAUGGUUUGUCUUGUGGGCUUUUCUGGUCAGUAGCAAUCCAAGCUCACAUAGGCGAAUAUCAGACACUGAGAAGACGUACAUCACAUCUUCUUUAAAAAACGAGCUCUCCCCAACUUCUGACCACAUACCAUGGAUGUCCAUCCUAACAUCUGUACCUUUAUGGGCCAUCGUUGUUGCACAUUUCUCGUACAACUGGACAUUUUACACCUUGCUCACUCUCUUGCCCACCUACAUGAAUGACAUAUUGGGCUUCAGCAUUAAGCAGAAUGGGAUGCUCUCUGCUCUGCCCUACUUGGGCUGCUGGUUACUGGCUAUGGGAGGAGGCCAGCUGGCAGACUACCUGAGGGAGACCUGCUUCUAUCGCACUGUGAUCGUGCGCAAGUCCUUCACUAUCAUAGGUAUGGUGGGUCCAGCUGUGUUUCUGGUGGCAGCAGGAUACACUAAUUGUAAUUACGUCCUUGCUGUUGCUUUCCUCACCAUCUCCUCAUCUCUGGGAGGCUUAUCAGCAUCCGGGUUUAACAUCAACCAUCUAGACAUUGCUCCAUCAUAUGCUGGAAUUUUGCUUGGAAUCACAAACUCGUUUGCGACCGUGCCGGGCAUGAUUGGUCCUGUGAUUGCAAGAUCGCUGACCAAAUCUAACACAAUUGCAGAGUGGCAGACAGUUUUCUACAUUUCAGCUGGGAUCAAUCUGUUUGGUGCAGUCUUUUACACAGUGUUUGGAAAAGGUACUGUACAGCCCUGGGCAGUCAACAGAGUGCACAUACAAUGAAAAACUUUUCAAUAAAGUAAAGGGACACAGACUAACAGCAUCGGUGGAAAAGUGAAGACAAUUCUGUAUGAGGACUCCAGCACUACUGAUGAAAUGUCAGUAAACCUCUACUGUUUUUGACUUUGACUUUUAAAUCAUUUAAAGUCAGAAUACUAACCAGCUAUCAAGCUUAGCCGCCUUAAAAAAUAUCAAUGGAUUAAAGUGAGAAUAUUAAGGUAUUCCAGAGAAUACCAUACAUAUAUACAAAUGCUCACCCUUGAUUUACCCCUCUGAGGACAUGAAGUCACUGUGCUGCAGGCAAGCUGGAGUCACUAAUGUUUCUCAGGAAAAGGGAAGUGAGAUUUCUCCAUGACUCUUGGGGGGGAAAAAAAAGUUAUUUUAUUCACUAAAUGGUAAUUCAUGCACACGUAAAGAACAUUCCUCUGUUAAAUGAUUUAAUGACUGAUUAAAAUGAUCUAAAUAUGAUUGAUAGAAAGCAAAGUAAUGAGUCAUUCCUUUUUUACCUCCUCAUUUCUUUGACUUUGGUAACAUUACAGCCAUUCUGUUAUAAAAUGUAGCAAAGUGUAUUGUCACAUUUAAAACUUUUCUCUUCUGGGACUUCUUGUAAAGAAUACACUGGGAUACAUGUCAUAAGAUGAUUGUUAUUCACUUGUAUUUAAACUAAGAUGAAAUAAGGGCCUUAUUGUUCUUUUUUUCUUUUCUUUGUGCCUUAAACUCAUAUUGUAUCCCCUCUUAAUUUUUAUGGUCUAGAUAAUACAGGAAAACAUGUAGUAGAAUAUAAAAAGCUGCUUUAUGUGUACAACUGUUUACAUUUUGUUAUUUGUUACUAUAAUGCGGGUUCAUUCUUUUUGUUUAUGAUUUACAUUAUUUUUGUAUUUUUAUCUCUACAGUACAUUGUUCUUUAAUUUGUAUAAAUGAAAACUCAGGAAUAUGUAAGGUGAGAUUUUGCAGUGAAACAAAAUCUAAGCCAUAUGUCCAAAUUAAGCAGUCUAAUCUACUGCCUGUUCCCCCUCUUGAUCCUGAAAAUGAUUAGUCACAGAAAUUAAAAGGAAUUCAAUGAUCAUGCACAA